AUGCCAAACGUCAGACCUAUCCUGCCGCCCCUUAAGACGCCAAAAAGCGCGACAUUCCCGUCGGAGCUUCACGAUGACUCCCCCUCUACCAGUAUCUCCUCUUCUAUGAAGCAGGAAGACUCAGCUUCCGGCACACCUUUGACACCACACUCUUCGAUCCCUCUUCCAAAGGCUUAUACGGAAUUUCUUGAGGCUAUGACUCCUGUCUUUAGUCCUGCGAGCGCGGGCGCCAACUUUCCAAAGUUCCCUCUUGAGAAGACAUCCGCUUCCCCAACAUCUCAACCCGGCAGUGCUUUGAGUGGUUCCUUCGCAUUCAGUCCCUUAACAACACGAUCACCAACCAUCUCACUUCCACCACCUACUCCGGGCUCUGCUGUGUACUCAAGAAAGGGCUUUCCUCUACCACGCCGUCUUCGCAUUCCUCAGUCACUCAAGUAUUCUCCAACCUCGGAUUCACCACGGAGCGCAAAUAGCCUCCGAUCGCCUUAUUCAACUACUGAUUGGAAACUUCGCUAUAUUGAACCCCCACGGAGCUCUGGGGGAAAGCCCGUGAGCGUGAAGCAAAUCGUCACACGAACAGUGACUUACAAACGUACUCAACUGGAUGCCCCUCCUAAGGGAAAACGUCGCAAGUGUCGUGAUUCGAAGGAUGGAAAGGAGAUCAAGGAUGUACAUGAGAGGAAAGAGUUCAAGGAGUUCAAGGAAUUCAAAGAUUUCAAGGAAUUUAAGAUGAAGAAGGAGGCUACAGAAGUCUAG